AUCUAUCCUGAAGCUGGGGCAUGGGUACCAGCAUUGGUUCCAACAGUGGGGAAAGCCAGACAACUCCUUGAGGAGUCUACUCUUCCUGAGACUGCAUGGAAACAUGUCUGGGGACUUCCAAAGACCGUGGGUGGGGAAGUAGCCACCCAGAGCAGCUCAGACAGCCUCCCCCAGCCUCUUUGGAGCCAUAGUAACAUCUGGGGCAAACAUCUCUCUGCUCCAGGGAGCCCAGCAGCUCUCCAGGCUCCAGGGAUUAAUCUCAGUGGUGGGAAAGGCCCACAUUUCCCAAGGUUUUCCAGCAGCUGCCUUAUUCCAGACCAAUAGCCACUGGCAAAGAUUUGUUGCACCAGGAGCUGGAGUCAGGCAGGUCUGUGGGUUGGGGUAGGAGCACUGAGGACAUCAGGAGUCUUGACCUGACUUGCCAGGAUCAGGGCAAAACCCAUUUUGAGAGACACCCUCCCACACCCGAGUGGGACAAACAGCAGCAGGCAGAGCCUCUGUGAGAGGCAAAGGCUGCUACAGGAGGAGAGGGUCAAAAAAAGGAAACGGAACGGAAAAGGGCUGCUCCUGUGACAGCGAUGCAGCUGCGGAGGUGGAGCAGCAGGCAGGUCACAAAGAGCCGCACACGAGGAAGUGCUGGGACACCAGCCAGCGUGGUCAGGCUGCAGCAGCUCCAGGUGCAGCAGAUCUUUGAUGAGAAGGACUAGGAGCAGAGGCAACCAGAACUGCAGGGACCUCAGCAAGGACCCGGAGAUCCCCUUUGCAGGAGUCGUCUUCCAGCCAAAGAUUCCUUCUGCCAAGCUGGUCGGAUCCUGUCUUGUGCUUCCUCUGGAAGCCCCCUGGUCUGCUGUGGGGGCACCAUGGAGGCAACAGCUUUACCAACUUUGCACAGACUUAACCCAAACCCCUAAUAAGGGGUUUGGAGGAAAUCCAUCUUGGGGAAGAAAACUGCAGCACUUCACAAGCUCCAUUUGGCAGGCUGGGAUUUAAUCAAACCCUGGGAUCUCCAGCAGUGCUCCUUGGGGAAGUGGAAAUCAGACAGAACAUCUCAGCAGCCUUCUCCAGAUUGUCAUCUUCUCACACAACUGAGCUCUGCCAUAUUUUCCCCACUUCUUGACUGGCAGGGAGGGGACAUCAGUGUCCCAUCAGCACAGGCUGUCCUGUGCCCUCCCUGGUGAUGACCAUCGAGUGACACCUUUCCUGAGCGUCAGUGUCCCUGCAGGAGGAGAGGGCGGCCCUCCAGGUCACAGUCAACAAUGUCACUGUCUGUGCGCCCGCAGCGCCGAGUCCUCGUCACCAAGAUCAAUAGGAGCCAGUCCUUCGCCGGAGUGAACUCAUCGGCCGACCGGCCCUUCAGCUGGCACGAGGGACCCCCCCACCUCCGCAGAGGCUACACCAAGGCCAAACUCUUGGACCCCACUGGGACAGUGUUGCCUUCCUGCUCUUCUCCAUCUUCGCUUUUGAAUCUCUCACCCUUCACCCCCACUGUCUCCCGCAAGACUGGCUCCAGGGUCAGUAGGAUGUUCUCAAUGUCCCACAAAUCCCCACCACCCAAGGUGCCUCAGCCCAACCGCCUGGACGAGGUGUACGAAGCUCUGAAGAAGGGCCUGACAGCCUACCUGGAGGUGCACCAGCUGGAACUGGAGAAGCUCAGCACACAGAUCCGUGAGUCCAAGAGGAAUUCACGCCUGGGCUUUCUCUACGAUCUGGAUAAGCAAGUGAAGUCAAUCGAGCGGUUCCUGCGUCGCCUGGAGUUUCAUGCCAGCAAGAUAGAUGAGCUGUAUGAGGCUUACUGCAUCCAGCGGCGGCUCCGUGAUGGAGCCCACAACAUGGUCAAGGCUUACAGCACAGGCUCGCCAGGCAGCCGGGAGGCACGCGAGAGCCUGGCCGAGGCCAGCAAGGGCUACAAGGAGUACACAGAGAACAUGUGUCUGUUGGAGAAUGAGCUGGAGAGCCAGCUGGGCGAGUUCCACGUCCGGAUGAAAGGACUGGCAGGCUUUGCCCGGCUUUGUGCUGGUGACCAGUAUGAGAUCUUCAUGAAGUAUGGACGGCAGCGGUGGAAGCUGCGAGGGCGCAUCGAGGUGAACAGCAAGCAGGUGUGGGACAGCGAGGAAAUGGUUUUCUUGCCCCUCGUCACUGAGUUCCUCUCCAUCAAGGUGACGGAGCUAAAGAGCCUGGCCAACCACGUUGUGGUGGGCAAUGUGUCCUGUGAGACCAAGGACCUCUUUGCAGCUCUGCCCCAGGUAGUGGCUGUGGAUAUCAAUGACCUGGGCACCCUCAAACUCAGCCUGGAGGUGACCUGGAACCCCUUCGACAAGGACGACCAGCCCUCGGCAGCCAGCACUGUCAACAAGGCUUCCACGGUGAACAAGAGGUUCUCCACCUACAACCAGAGUCCGCCUGACACGCCGUCCCUGCGGGAACAGGCAUUCUAUAGCCCGGAGCGGGCAGCUGACAAGCGUGGUUGGUCCUUGCUGGACAUCUUUCGGGAGACACUCUUCGAGAAGCUGUCUCAGAGCUGCUCCUGCGGCGAUGUCUCCUCGGCCGAGCUCGGGAGAUGGCCGCAGCAGGGCCGCAACAUGCUGCGACGCCAAGAGGAGCUGGAGAAUGGCACAGCCUGGUCCAUCUCCUCUGAGUCCUCAGAUGACUCCUCCAGCCCCCAGUUGUCCAGCAGUGCCCGCCAUGCCACACACAAGCCCAUCGUGCAGCCUGAGGUGCAGGCCUCCGCCCCCGCCAUCGAGAUCUCCUUCUCCCAGCAGCCAGAGGAGGCUGACGCCAUGCUUGGGGCCAGUGGCAGCAGCGUCCCCUCUGCCAGGAGCCAGCCGGAGGAGACAAGCAGCCGUAAGAAGGAGACAGUGGCCAAUGGGCAUGUGCCCUACUCCCGGACUCUGAGCCACAUCAGUGAGGCCAGUGUGGAUGCCACAAUGGAGGUCAAGACUGUGGAGAGCUCUUGGGAGCCUGCGCCCAGCACGGAGGACACAGGGAUGGGCGAGCAAGAUGCACAUCCUCUCCCUGCUGCUGCGGUGGCAGCUGCUGUGGCAGGGCAGGACAGGGCCACUGAUGCCAAGCCUCGUGCCUCUGUGGCGUGGGCCACCUCCUGUGAAGAGGAGGCUGGCAGUGCAGAGCCAGUGCAGAGCCAGGUGCCAGCACAGAGUGACUAUGGCACCAGGAUCCCCACAGCACUGGCACAAGCCUCUGCAGAAGAGAGGCCCAUCCCAGCCCCAACACUGCCCACCAGCAUCCCCGAGGUGCCACGGGGGAAGAUGGUGGAUUCAGGUCUGGAGGAGGCAAUUGGCCUCCUGGGCUCAGCUCUGGAUGACUAUCGAGGACAGUUCCCAGAGCUGCAGCCCCUCGAACGGGAGCUCAAACGUCUGGAGGAGAUGCUGCUGCAGAAGCAAGGUGUCUUCCUCAGCCGGGCCUCCAGCAUCAGCCUGACAGUGGAGCACGCACUGGAGAGCUUCAGCUUCCUCAACACCUCUGACAUGGAGGACUCGGAGGGCUCUGAGGAGGAUCCUCUCCAAGAUGAGAGGAGGGCUGGCAGACCCCUGCGCAGCACCAGGGCCCCCAGCGCUAGCGAGAUGGGGGCAGAUGACACCGGAAUGUGCAGUGGUUCUGAGGCCAGCACUGACCCCAUGAGCACUGGCAAUGAGUUCCUGGAUAAGGCUCUGGUGCUUCACCUCAACAACUGCAACCGCCUGCUGCUGAAACUGGGCACCUUUGGGCCCCUGCGGUGCCAGGAGAUGUAUGCCCUGGACAGGCUGCUGCGGGAGUCGCAGGUGCUGGAGAUCGUGUGCCAGCUGACAGAGGAGCGUGCAGGAGCAGCCAGCUCGGCCGCUGAUGUGGUGCAGUUCUCGACACGGAAGGAGGGCGUGCUGCCCCUUUGGGACCUCUGUGUGGAAGCGCCCAACAUCUACACCUGCCCCGUGGAGCGGUUCCUGCAGGUGCUCAGUGCCCAGUAUGCAGCUCCCAUCAGUGAGCAGCACUCUGGUUUGGCUGAUGCUGUGUGUGUGAAACUGGUGGAGGACGUGCUGAAUCGACGCCUGCCACGGCGGCCUAGCAGCGCCCAAAGUGAGCAGGUCACCAUCUUCCAGUACUGGAGCCACUUUGAGUCACUUGGUGCCCUGGUGCUUGACACCUACAUGAUGGAGCUGGCAGAGGAAGCGCUGCUGGCACAGAACCUCAACUCAGAUGACCAGGAUGUGGUGCUGCGUGCCCUGAAGCGCAUGCCCGAGGGCCGCCUGAAGAAGGAGGGACUGAAGGCGCUGAGCCUGCUCCUCGUGGAGGGCAACAGCAAGGUGGUGAGCGCCGUGUCAGCCCAGCUCCGCAGCCUGGCAGAAAACCCCCGCUUCCGCCAACGGGCCCUCGUGUGCUUCCUGGAGCAGCUGGAGGAUGAGGAGGUGCAGACACGUGUGGCAGGGUGUGCGGCGCUGGGCUGCUUGAAGGCCAAGGAGAGCAUCGAGCAGCUGGUUUACCUGUGCCAAACCGACAAAGAGCCUGUGCGGGAGGCAGCCAAGCAGAGCCUGAUGCUGUGUGGGGAAGACGGUAAAUCAGCUCACCGGCGACUGGAGGAGACCCUGGAUAGCCUCCCGCGCAUCUUUGCACCAGCCAGCAUGGCCAGUACAGCUUUCUGAGACCCACGCACACCCACCUGCCAUCCCUGAGGGCAAAGGCACUGCUGGGCCACCCGGGCUUGCACGGGCUGGGGACCCGGCAGCUCCCGCUCUCGGCAGCACACCACAGUAUUACCCCGCCUGCCGGCAGCUCGCCACGGCCGCACACUGCCUUACGGAGCACCGCUUCCCUGUCCCCGCCACCGGCCCCACGGGGGCCACCUCUGCGCCACUGGGCAGGGGGCUCGCUGCACAUCCCACCCUCUGAUCGCUA